UUCUAUGAAUCAUGAAUGUUGCAUGAGAGAAACCUUGGCACAUGAUCUUUCUGUGUUUAAUCUCUUUUCUUAGUUAGACAUGGCUAACGAAGGACAAAUCAGCAUUUUGAGAGCUCUUGACAGUGCAAAGACUCAAUGGUAUCACGUUACGACGGUCAUAAUCUCCGGUAUGGGUUUCUUUACGGACUCAUACGACCUCUUUGUGAUAUCUCUCAUCACGAAGCUCCUCGGGCGGAUCUACUAUCAGAAACCUGGCUCCUCCUCUCCGGGAAGCCUACCUGACGGUAUCUCUGCCACAGUAAGCGGUGUGGCUUUUGCCGGAACGUUUCUCGGACAGAUUUUCUUCGGGUGUCUAGGAGACAAGCUGGGCCGUAAGAGAGUCUACGGCUUGACUCUCGUGAUCAUGACCGUGUGCUCCAUUUGCUCUGGUCUUUCACUUGGCACCGACCCCAAAUCUGUCAUGACGACGCUCUGCUUCUUCCGCUUCUGGCUAGGGUUUGGCAUUGGUGGUGACUAUCCUCUCUCGGCUACGAUCAUGUCCGAGUAUGCCAACAAGCGUACCCGUGGUGCGUUCAUAGCAUCGGUUUUCGCUAUGCAAGGGGUUGGGAUCUUAGCAGCAGGAGGUGUUUCGUUACUCGUCUCAUACAUUUUCGAGCUUCAUUUUCCAUCUCGAGCUUAUAUGGUCGACCCGGCCACCUCCACCGUCCCGCAGGCAGAUUACGUUUGGAGGAUCAUCCUGAUGUUAGGAGCUAUACCGGCUCUCCUUACUUACUACUGGCGUGUGAAGAUGCCUGAAACCGCUCGUUACACUUCUCUAGUUGCUAAGAAGUCGGAGCAAGCUGCUUCGGAUAUGGCUAAGGUUCUUAAUGUAGACAUUGAGGCCUCUUCCGCGAAGCAUGACCAAGCUAGGUUUUCUUCAGACGAGUUUGGCUUGUUCUCCGCGAAAUUCCUCCGCCGCCACGGACUUCACCUACUCGCAACAACAACCACAUGGUUCCUCCUCGACAUAGCUUUCUAUAGCCAAAACCUCUUCCAGAAAGAUAUCUUCACCACCAUUGGUUGGUUACCCCCACCAAAAACCAUGAACGCAAUCCAAGAGCUCUUCAUGAUCUCUAAGGCACAAUUUUUAAUAGCUCUUUGCGGUACCGUUCCUGGUUACAUUGUUACCAUAGCUACCAUCGACUGGAUGGGACGGUUCAAGAUUCAGGUCGUUGGAUUCUUCAUGAUGAUGCUUUGCUUGAUUGGUCUAGCCUUACCGUACCACCAUUGGACCUUACCUCAUAACCGGAUUGGUUUCAUUGUUCUCUACUCUCUCACUUUUUUCUUUUGUAACUUCGGACCUAACGCAACUACUUUCAUUGUCCCUGCUGAGAUUUUUCCGGCUAGACUUAGGUCCAGUUGUCAUGGUAUCUCGGCGGCUUCCGGUAAAGCCGGUGCGAUGGUUGGGUCUUUCGGUUUUGCUGCUUUGGUGAAAGCUCUUGGGAUGAGGAACACGUUACUAGUCAUGGCAGGAAUCAGUCUUGUUGGCAUGUUGUUGACGUUGUUUCUUGUUCCGGAGCCUAAGGGAAAAUCGCUUGAGGAUCUUUCCGGGGAAGCUGAACCGGAGAAAAUCAAGGACACAAUUGUUGUUUAGAUUUUAUUUCCCUUAAUUACCGGGCUUUGUUAGGAACUUUUGUUUUGUUUUUUUCUUAUAUCAGGUUUUCUUUGGUUCGUUUUGGUUAUUUUCUCAAUAAUCGUACUCUAUUAUGGUUUCUUUA